AUGAGGAACAAUCAGGUGCGUUUGAACUGUGGAAUAACAAUGCCUGUCAUUGGACUAGGCACUUAUUCCUCCCAAAAUGAUAGGGAGACAACAGAAUUAGCCAUUCAUAUGGCCCUCAAGUUGGGUUACAGGCAUUUUGAUACAGCAAAAAUAUAUGGGUCCGAGCCAGCAGUGGGAAAUGCUUUAAGAAAGGCAAUUCUUGAUAAGACAAUAGAAAGAGAAGACGUUUUUGUUACAUCUAAACUCUGGGGGAGUGAUCACCAUGAUCCUGUUUCAGCACUCAAGCAAACUCUACAGAACUUGGGAAUGGAAUAUUUGGACUUGUACCUAGUGCACUGGCCAGUUAAGUUGAAGCCAUGGGCUUGUGAUUCAGUUCCAAAAGAAGAGGACUUUGAAAAACUAGACCUUGAGUCCACCUGGGCUGGAAUGGAGAAGUGCAUGGAGAUGGGGUUGUGUAGGUGCAUUGGUGUGAGCAAUUUCUCUAGCAAGAAGAUCGAACGACUGGUAGAUUUUGCUUCAGUGUCUCCAGCCGUCAAUCAGGAUUUAAGACUAGAGCUCCCUCCAAACCAAGAUUAUUCCAAACUAGCAGACCUCACCCUUCUAGGUAAACUUAUCACAUCGAAGUCCAUUGGCCUCAAUGCAGUUAAAGAGGUCACAAUAAAGGCAUGGAAACCGGUGUUCCCCAUGGAAGUUAAACGAUUUAGCAAGGAGGUUUUCAUUUUCUCCUUCCAACAUGAAGCAGAUCUGCAUAGAGCUUUCACAAAGAGGCCGUGA